UUUAAUCUUUCCCUCAAAAUAUCAACUUGCUGAUAGCUCUUAAAAUGCACCAUCCCUCUCUCUCUCUCCCUCUCUCUCUCCACCGCCUUAAAGGCUAAAGCUUGCAUCUUUCUGUAGCCAAAUGAAAACCCAAAUGCUGCAUUUUUCUUAAACCGCUCUGAGUUUUUUGUGUUCUAUAUGGAUCUUGGGGUGGUGGGUUUUGGUGGGUUGGGGGGUGGUUGUUCUUCAGAUUCUGGUUUUCCUCUUGCUGCUACUUCAUCGGCAGAUCAGGAGGCGGCCAAGCACAAGUGGUUGUACGGAUCUGGGUACCACAGGCAGUGGAGAUCUGCCGACGAGGAGGACUGGAGGAGCUCUAAACUUGCCAAGACUGAUGAUUUUUCAUCUUCCAAAGCAAUGCAACAGCAGCAGUCACUGAGCUUCUCUAACUCUCCCAAUCCAGAAGCUGUGCUAGUUGAAAAGAAUGCCGCAAUGCCAUACUUUCACCAAGCUUUACCUGCUUACAAUAGAACUUCUGCAGGGCAUAAUAGUGGGAGUUUGAGUAAUGGAGCUGCUGCCAUGCAUUGGAGUACAGCAGGAGGCAGAGGACCUUUCACUCCAUCUCAAUGGAUGGAGCUAGAACACCAGGCCUUGAUCUACAAAUACAUCACUGCCAAUAUGCCUAUUCCAUCCACUCUACUCGUCCCUAUCAAGAAGGCCCUUGAUUCUGCAGGAUUUUCGACGUUUCCCAACGGACUUCUCAGGCCCAAUUCAUUGGGAUGGGGUUCUAUCCAUUUGGGAUUCUCCAACAACACUGAUCCUGAGCCGGGAAGGUGUCGCAGGACCGACGGGAAGAAAUGGCGGUGCUGGAGAGAUGCCGUUCCUGACCAAAAGUAUUGCGAGCGGCACAUGAACAGGGGUCGCCACCGUUCAAGAAAGCCUGUGGAAGGCCAGACCGGCCACACCGGAACCACCACCUCAAAACAGCCUUUGGCUUCUUCGUCAUCAACAUCCGUAGUUUCCAUUCCUGGUGGUGACGGUGGUGGCAGCAGCAGCCAUGCUAUCGCCAACCAGCAGCUCAAGAGCUUACAGCAGCCUGCUGCAUCUAAUUCUUCCGCAGUAGCCACUCAGAUGAACAGGAUGUUCAUGAACAAAGAGAAUGCGGGUGGGAGAAUUCAACACACACCAGGCCUCACCAUGCUGUCGAAAGAAAACCCAUUCUCGACUCAGAAACAGCAAAUCGGAUGCGAAGAAUCCUCGAGAACGGAGUUUGGGCUUGUCUCCUCGGACUCGCUCUUAAAUCCUUCACAGAAAAGGUCAUACCCUGCAGAAACAAAUUCACAACAGCAUUCCCUUCGCCACUUCAUCGACGAUUGGCCUAAAACUCAAUCCGACCGCCAACCUGUUUCAUGGCCUAACCAACUCGGCAUGCAAUCAGACAGAACCCAAUUAUCAAUUUCGAUCCCCAUAGCUUCAUCCACAAGCAGUGAGAAGCUCACGCUCUCACCACUCCGUCUCUCUAGGGAACUAGAGUCUCCGGCCCCAAUGGGAUUGGGAACAGACAGCAGCCAUACCCUCAAUGAACAAAACAACAUGAAGCAAGCGAAUUGGAUUCCAAUCGCUUGGGAGACUUCACUUGGCGGUCCUUUAGGGGAAGUCCUGCACAAUCCCAACAGCAACACCAACGCAGUAGAGUACAAGAACAACUCUUCAGUCAUUAAUCUGAUGACUGGGGGAAGCUGGGACAACAAUAACAAUAGCACUUCAUCUUUAGGGUCAUCUCCGACUGGGGUCCUACAGAAGACGGCGUUUGGGUCUCUGUCGAAUAGCAGUGCAGGGAGCAGUCCAAGAGCAGAGAAUAAUAAUAAAAGCCAUGAAGGGUUUAGCCUUUGCAAUGACCUCCUUGGGUCCAAUAUGUUGAACUCUUCCUCCUUGCCUGCCUUGUAGGUCAAGGAAAAAGAAAAAGAAUUGAGUUUUUAUCUCUACUACCAAGCAAAAUAGUACUUAGGAGGUUUUUUUUUCUUUCUAUUUAGUCUCUUCUGAUUUUCUUGUGUUCUUAAAUUUCAGUGUGUGUUCGUUUGUGCU